CGCCAGUAAACCCACAAAAGAAGAAGAAGAAAGAGCUCGCGUGUGAUGUGUUUGUGUAUCCUCAGUGUUUUUCUCUCUUGAGUGUUUUAUUGAGUGUUAACAGAGUCUUGUCUCUGUGUAUUUUAGUGUUGAUGAUGAGAUGGAUGUGAUGUGCUGUAAAUCAGGAACUGAUCAGGACUUACAGGAUGAUGAAUCUACUGAUCAAACCUCCACAGAGUCUCUGGAUUCUGUCUGUAACGCUGGAGAACAGCAGCAGAUCCUGCAGACCAAACUCAAGAUGUGUUCAGUCAAACUCAUCGACUUCAGGAACCUCAUGAUGAAGAUCAAAACUGAACCUACAAAAAUAAAAAUUGAACCUAUAGAAAUAAAAACUGAACUUAUAGAAAUAAAAACUGAACCCACAGAAGUAAAAACUGAACAUACAGCAGAGGAAGAUCACACUCGUGAAGAUGAGGAUUUUAUUCUGUCAGAUGUGAGGAGUGAAUUAUGUUUGGAUGAAGAAAUAACAUCCUCGACUCUUUCCUGCAUCACCGGUGGAGAGACAUUGAGCUCACAGAGACAUUUAAAGAGAAAACACACAGAACAGAAACUCUUCACCCGCACCAGAUCUGAGAUCAGCUUUACUACCUUACAAGAGAAGAAACUUCAUUCAGAAGAACACAGAAAGAAGAAGAAGAAGAAGAAGAAGAAGAGGCAGUUUCACUGUCAGCAGUGUGGGAAGGAUUUUUUUACAACCAAAUCUCAUAUAAACCGACACAUGAGGACACACACUGAUGAAAAGUCUUUCUACUGCACUGAAUGUGCCAAAUAUUUCAGAACCAAACAAAAUCUUGAUGUUCAUCAGAGAAUUCACACAGGAGAAAAACCAUACGAGUGUCCUCACUGUGAGAAGAGAUUCAGAUCUAAAGCCAAUCUAAAGAAACAUUUGUCUAUACACAUCAAUGAGAGACCGUAUCAAUGCAGUCAAUGUGGAAAAGCCUUUAGGGAUUCAUGUUCAUUAAGAUCACACCAGAAUAUUCACUCUGAAGAAAAACACUAUCAAUGUUCACAAUGUGAUAAAAGUUACUGUCAGAAAUAUCAGCUGAUAGUUCAUGAGAGAGUUCACCUUAGUGAGAAACCUCAUCACUGUAAUGUUUGUGGGAAGAGUUUUAGUCAACAUUACAGUUUAUUGAAACACCAGAGAACUCAUACAGGUGAAAAACCUCACAAAUGCUCUCAGUGUGAGAAGACGUUUGCUCGAUUAGAUGGCCUGAGGACUCAUCAGAGAGUUCACACUGGAGAGAAACCUUACCAGUGCUCGAUCUGUGGAGAGAGAUUCACUUUUUGUGGAAGUCUUCAGAAUCAUCAGAAGAAACAUACUGACACAAACUACACUGAUAUCAUCAUAGUCUCUUAAAGUGUUUACACACUGACCGCAGAUUCAGCGUGAAUUCUCAACGCGAUAACUUGCUAGAACAAAAACAAUUGAUUUUUAUGAAUGACUUCACAUUGAACUUGUUAAGUAAUUUUUAGACUACUGUGUUGAUUUUCCCCUCUUUCACCCGUGUCGACCAAUGAGAUCGCUAUGGAUAAAAGCAUCUGCUUAAAUAUAAUUAAAAAAACUGAAUGUUUCAUUUGAUAGGGUUUAUUCUUAUAUUUGUUAUUAUUUUAAUAAUAUUCAUUUAAUUAAGUUUAGUUAUUCUAUUCUACAUUAUUCUUCUUAAUAAGUCUCAUGUUGGUGCUGUAUUGCCUUUUAAUUCUCCAAUGGUCUCCAUUUCAAGGAUUUAAUUGAUGUCCUGAGAAUGUUGUGAAACAGUAAAUGUCCACUGUCUGUGUUUGGUAUAAUAACACCUCCUAAAUCUGCUUCUACUGAGAUGAAGUUACCGGUAAUCCGACAAUCUUUGAGAACGCAACUAAAAUUAUUUAAUAAAUCAUCUUUUUUAAUUCAAACUUAA